AGAUCCUUUGUUCCCAUGUUUUUCAUUUCUUCCCCAACUUUAUACUCAAUAAAAAAACGUUUCUAUAACAUAACGAAAGGCACGAAAGUUCUCAGCUUUUGACCGAUUGAUUGAUGAUUGAUUCUCAGAUACCAAACCAAACGCUUGCCCUCUGCAUCAACUCUUCUCCGCAUCAUCUGUCUCUGCCUUUGCUUCCAAGCUGAACAUAUUCGAAAACCCCAUAAUCAUUCCAUCUCCGUCUGGCAACAAAAAGAAGUAAGAACUGGGGUUUGCUUGCGCUGCAGUCUCCUCUCGUUUCUUAGCCUUCCAUCCAUCCAGCCAGCUUGCAAUUGAAAGGAGAAAGAAUGUACCCGAGAGUGAAGGUGAGAGAAGAAACGAGAGAUGAUCACGACAGUGGACGACAGGUUCCUCGGAAGAGUCCGAGGAGUCCUCCUCUGGGCUUGAAAGCCCUCGACUUUUUAUCUAUUCACGAUUAUCAAUCUCCAGAGCAGCAGCAUCGAGUUGUUUUUGCAGAAUGCAUUGCAAGGAUUCCAAAUAGUUCUGCAUCAAAUGCAGCCACAAGAACCAACUCCAUGAUCGAAGGGAAGAAGGAUACGAGCUCUAAUGAGGAUAAUAAAGCACAAAUCAGGGCGAGUUCUAUCCCCCGUCCACGAGCUGUCUUGUCUAGUCCUGAUAAUGAUGCGAUGAUUGGAAAGAAGAACAGAAAAGCAACAGAACACUCAUCGGCCCCGAGGAAUCACAAUAAGCUUCACAACAAGAAUGCCCACUUGCAGUUGGCAGUCCCAAUUGAGAACAUAAACACUGACGCCUCAUUGAAGUGUACAGUCCCAAUUGAAACAGUCAAUGUCAAUAGCUCGACAGGCACAAGAAAGCCAAAGGGGCCUGCUGCUAACAAUAACAGUAAGCAUGCUACGCCUAGAGUGAAGAAAGAGUCGGCUUCUACUAACAAGAUCAACGGGCAGACGUGUCUUAGAGCAGGGAAUCCGAACAUUGCUAGGUUUUAAGUCUUGGUAUGAACCGUCUUCACUGGAGAAUACAAACUAAUACGGUAUCAUCUCUAAAAUGAAUCAAAUCAAAAGCAAGUGUUUGUUCUGCAAACAUUAAUAUGUACAACAAGCUUAUAGAAGCUACGCCUUGAACUCACAAUUAUACUGGUGCUGAAUUUCGGUACUCCAAAAUUCUACAACAAUUCUUUUUUCAAUUUUCGUUUUAGCUUUAAAAUGUAUAAGUUUUUAAAAUAAUUAAUUACUCUCCCAAA